AUGCGUCCCUCGUCCAUCUUCCUCUUGGCUGCCCAGCUCUCGGCCGUCUUGGCUCUGCCUACAGCCCCGGCCGCCGCAUCGAAUGCGGUUGCUGCCGGAGAUGCCAAAGCUGGAGAUGCCAAAGCUGGAGAGAACAAGACUGGAGAAAAGGCCAAGGCCGGAGAGGCCAAAGCUGGAGAGAACAAGACUGGAGAAAAGGCCUCUGGUGGCGCUGAAAGCGAAAAGAAGGAAGGGGAAAAGAAGGACGAGCGGGAAAUUGCCGGCCAGUUUGGCGUCGCCGUCGCACUGCAAGCCGGCGCCACCAAGCAGGACGUCCUGUUCCCAGCUGGGAAAAACGGCGUCUUUGAGGUCGAGUUCCAAAACAACGCAGCGGGCCGCACUCUGACGGUGACGGAGAACAAGACCCCGCCGCCCCCGCCGGCCGGCUUCACUGCCCUUGAGCCGUCGUCGUACAAGGUGACGCUUGCCGAGGGCGCCGAUAACAUAACGCUGCAGCAGAUUGACUACAUCCUCAACGCCGGCAACAAGCUCGACAUCCGCCAGGGAAAGAUCGGCAGGCUCUGCACAGAGGUCAACGCCUUUGUCAUUGACAACAACGUCGGCGAACUCGAGUUUGAGGAGGAAGAGAAUGAGCUCAAGCUCGUUGUUAAGAACAUGAACGGCGAAUGGGGAAUCUUUCUUCCCCAGGCCGCCGGUGCCGAGGCUGGCAAGGAGGCCGAAGCUGGCAAGGCCGAAGGUGGUAAGGAGGCCGAAGGUGGCAAGAAGGCAGAAACUGGCAAGAAUGCAGAAACCGGCAAGGAGGCCGAAGGUGGCAAAAAGGCAGAAACCGGUAAGGAGGCCGAAGGUGGCAAGAAGGCAGAAACUGGCAAGGAGGCCGAAACUGGCAAAAAGGCAGAGACCGGUAAGGAGGCCGAAGGUGGCAAGAAGGCAGAAACCGGUAAGGAGGCCGAAACUGGCAAAAAGGCCGAAGGUGACAAGAAGGCCGAGGGUGACAAGAAGGCCGAGCCUGGCAAGGAGGCUGAAGCUGGAACAGGUGCUGAGUCGAGCCUGUCAAUGUUUGACAUUCUCCGCCAGCUUCUGGGCCUGUCCUAA